CAGACAGGUGGAGGAGACGUCGCUCCGCGGCUGAGGUGCACCGUAUUCGGACUCGAAUCGGAGCAGAACCGGGCCGGUGGACGGUGUUUUGAGUCCGGCCGCAGCCGCUGGAUGAUCGGAACCAUGCUCCGGCUCGGUUCUCAUCCAUAAGCAUCGCGCACAUGCUGGAGCGUGGACCGUGGGAGGAGGCGGCAUGUAGUGGAGAUGGAUUAAAGACGGAGGACUUCACAUGUUUGCUUUCAGACAUUAGUGCUGUCUAGUCAUGGAGAACCAAGGCUGCACCGAGCCGCACACUUACGAAGACGUGCAGAAAAGCGGCUACCUCCGCAAGCAUAAAUCCAUGCACCGGCGCUUCUUCGUGCUGAGGGCGGCCUCCGAGCAUGGUCCUGCCCGCUUGGAGUAUUACGAGAACGAGAAGAAAUUCCGCAGCAAAUCCCCCGUGGCCAAGAAAGUGCUCAACCUGGAGACGUGCUUCAACAUCAACAAGCGGGCCGACUCCAAAAACAAGCACCUGGUCGUGCUGUACACCCGCAGCGAGAGCUUCGCCAUCGCCGCGGACAGCGAGGAGGUCCAGAACGAGUGGUACCAGGCGAUGCUGGACCUCCAGUGCAACUGUAAAACUCCUGAGGACUACGGCAGCAGUGGAGAGUGUAGCUCCCCUUCUCCAAUUCCUACUUUCAAAGAAGUGUGGCAGGUCAAAGUUUGGCCUAAAGGGCUUGGACAUGCCAGGAACUUAGUGGGCAUCUACCGUCUGUGCCUAACUGACAAGACCGUCAACUUUGUCAAGCUGAACUCGGACAUUGCUUCUGUGGUGCUUCAGCUGAUGAACGUCCGUAGGUGUGGCCAUUCAGAGAACUUUUUCUUUAUUGAGGUGGGACGCUCCGCCAUAACCGGGCCAGGAGAAUUCUGGAUGCAGGUGGAUGACUCUGUGGUGGCUCAGAACAUGCAUGAGACCUUGCUGGAGGCCAUGAAAGCUCUAAGCGAGGAGUUUCGGCAACGCAGUAAGUCUCAGUCUGUGGGCACUUCCUGUGGCGGAGGCACCGUGUCAAACCCCAUUAGUGUUCCCAGCCGCCGACAUCAUCCCAAUCUGCCACCAAGUCAGGUGGGCUUCACCAGGCGAGCCCGCACUGAGACGCCCGGCGGCAGCAGCACCAGCACCUCGCCGACAUCACGUCACGGCUUCCCACGGGCGCGAACGGCCAGCAUCGGGGCCAGGUCGGAGGAGAGCGGAGUGAGUACCAGAUCAACAUGGGCCAGCUCGAGCCCAAGUCUUAACGGAUCCUGCUCAACUACUCCAACUCUUAGACCCAAGCCCACCAGAGCUCCCACCCCUGCAAAGAUUACACUCAGUCUUGCUCGCUACACACCUAACCCCGCUCCCUCACCUGCUCCAAGCCUCUCCUCCAGCUCUGGUCACGGCUCUGAGUGUGGCCUAGUAGGGGCAGCUGUGGGAGGCAUGACAGUGUGCUCUUACACUCGUGUAACUCAGAGAGUUUCUGUUUCGGGUUCACCAAGCGACUAUGGCUCCUCAGAUGAAUAUGGCUCCAGUCCUGGUGAGCACUCCUUACUCAUGCCCAGUAUGGCUGCCCAUCAUGUGCACGGAGAAGGUUCCUCCAGCUAUAUAGUCAUGGGUCAGCGGGAGGGCCUUCUUGGUUCCCAUCAUCGCUCCAAAGGCAGACAGAUUCUUCGACGUUCGUCCAGUCGGGAUUCUGAGGCAGAACGACGACUGCUAAGUAAGAGGGCUUCCCUGCCUUUGGCUGCCCAUGAAAGGCUCGUCCCGCAUCGGAAAGAUGACGACGAGGAUGAUGAAGAAUAUGCCAUUAUGUCACAGUGUGCUAACAGAGAAGGUCCUGGCGGUGUGGCGUUGGGGCGUGGACGUCGAGAUGCAGUAGGGGAGAACAGAAAGAGGUUUGAAAAAAGGAAGGAAGUAGAAGCAGGAGCUCCAGUGGAUAGCGGCUACAUGUCAAUGCUGCCUGGAGUCACGUCUCCAGCAGCAGACGACGAGUACAUGGCCAUGACACCCAACAACAGUGUUUCCCCGCCUCAGCAUAUGCGACAGCCCAGCACAGAGGGCUACAUGGUCAUGUCCCCCAAUAGUAGCGUCUCCGCAGAGUUGGGCAUGUGGGAUACCAGCGGGAGCAUGGAGAGCCGGGUCGCCAGCGACUACAUGAACGUCUCACCCAUCAGUAGCCGAUCUGCUUGUAGCACACCACCCUCCCAUCCUGAGCCGUACCAACUUCAACCAAAAAUGUUCAAUUCUUAUUUCUCUCUGCCUAGAGCUUAUCAGCAUACCCUAUAUAGUCGUUUUGAGGAGGAUUUAAACAAAGGGGAGAACAAAAAGGGCAGUGAUGAUUGUGCUGUAGGGGGUAGUGCAGCAGGGUUCAGCAAAAGAAACAAAACAGGAGUGGGGCCGAGUGGAGGCUUCCAACUCUCCAUGUCUUCCUCGUCUUUCUCCUCAAGCUCGGCCAGCAGUGAAAGCCUGGAGGACAAGACUAUAUCAGCAGGGAAAGGGUUAAGUUUGUACAAGAGUGCAGGAACAUGCACUAAAGAAGGCCGCCACCAACAAAAACGUGGAUCAAGCUGCAAGAGCCCAAAGCAACAAAGAAAAGGCCGCCCCCUCAGUGUGUCUUCAGACAUCAGUAAAGCAAACACCCUCCCUAGGGUCAAGGAGAAUCUGCCCCCAAUGGCAAUUCAGAACGUCGGUGACUAUGUGAGUAUUGUGUUCAAGGGGGACAAAAAGUAUGAUGGUGGAAGACAUGCCGGGUCCGAAAGAGCGCAGCCUGUAAUUCACGGAACCCUACGCCCUUUGAACCAGCCCCUCAUUGACCCCAACAAUGUCACUAACCUGCCUCGCAGCUUUUCUGCACCGUUGUCCACCUCUGCUGAGUACGUGAGCAUGGAUGUAGGGAAGUCAUCAACACCCCUUAGGUCAACAUUCAGCCCCUCACUGCAGGGCCCACCAACUGUACCCCCAAAGGGUCGACUAGAACAUGGCACAUCAUCUCCUCUGGCAGCUGAAGGAAACACUGCCUAUCGAUCAAAAACAAAGACUGUAGCAGACACCCAUAGUUCAUUCCCAGACAAAGCUUCUGAUCCUAGCAUUUCAACGAGACCUGCCACCCACUCUGGUACACUUGUGUCCAUGGAGGAUGACACAGGGUUGGGCUUUUCUCCAGUCAAGUCCUUCCAGUCCCCAGAGCAAAGCAGCAGACUUGCCCGAACUGAGAACCAGUGUCGACGGGUUCACCGCCCAGAGACCUUUAACUCCCCUCCAUCUGUAUCGAGCCACCCACCUUCCACUACCACAGUCUUCCCUGAAGGCGGCCAGGCGGUGGUCCACCGGCAUGCUUUGGAUUGCUCUCCUUGGGAAACCGGUCAGGGGUCUAGUUUGUCUGCCACGCCACCUCUGCAAGCCUCUGCUGAACAAGGCCUUAACUAUAUUGACCUCGACUUGGCCAUUAAAGAGAACCCUCAAACUGGAGGAGAGCGUUCCUCUGCAGGCUACUACAUCGGAGCAGGUGCUGUGGGUAGCAGUGCCGGCUCCAGCCUCAACAUGUAUGCCAGUAUUGACUUCUACAAGUCAGAGGAACUGCGAGCACACCAGAUUGGAAGAAAGGAUGAUCAAGAUUGUUGAUUUGUGCUCAAAUCUGCGUUGGACGGGUCUACGCUCAGCAGCCCAACUGUUGCCACAAUACAACCGAGUCCCAACACUGGAUUCCUGGGAAACCUCAUCCUCAUCUUGUUUGCCAUUUUCUCUCUGCCAAACAUGUGCCAAACACACACUUGCACACUCACACUCACACACACACACACACACACACACACACGGUAAGAGAAACGCUGUUUUCUGCCUCAUUUGAAAUGAAACUGACGUCCGAUCAGCUAACUAGAGAUGAAAAGAUGGCGUGUGUUACAGUACGACAAUCUGACAAUCAAGUAAAGCCAUAAAGUCAGUAAAGUGUCACACUUUUGCUUCAGUUGUGACGUAUAUCCUCCCAAAUUGAUACCAUUAUGAUCGGCAGCUAAGCAAAUGUGACAACUCAGUAAUGACACGUGUCCAUUUGGUGUAUGGAGUCUUAAUGUAAGACUUUGUUUUUGUCAACAUCAUCCAUCCAUUUUCUGUAUUAUUAAUCAAAAGACUGAUACAAAACACUUAAGACAAUUAUGCUGCCUAAUGAGUUUUACAUGUUUUUCAUGCACCACUUUGGCUGUGACAUAAUGAACAACGACAACUUUAUUUGACUUCCAAGGUACAGUUCGACUUACAAUUUGAGCCGUUACUAUGUUUUUCUGCACAACUUAACGAGGUUUAUAAAAUAGAGAAUUUAACGUUCACACUGAUUUCUUCUUGUUUUGCAUUCAAGCCGUAUUCCUUUGCUCUUUUUUUUUAUGCUACAUGCAUUUAUGUAAUCAUCCUGGUAGCCAACACUGCAUACCAAUUGGCACAUUUGCAUAGCGUUCUUCUGCAGGCACUGUUUAGUCUGACCUAUUGGCAUGAUACAUGUCACACAUCAUAAAAAUAUUACAAUUACAAUAAAAUGUGUAUAAAAUAAAACAAAAUGAGUUUGAUAAAAAAAACAAAAAAACAGUGGGAGUGUAAACACUUUUAAUUGCUAUCAUAUACAAACAGUUUGUUUUUCCUCAUUCACGCCAGUUUACGCAAAUAUAGUUUGAUACAGUACAUUACGGCGGCAUAUAAAAUACGCAGUAUACAUACAGUAUAAGGAUUAAUUCUUCAUAGCCUAGAUAUUUACAAUAUACUCUUUUUUAAAGUGCCUCUUUUUUGAUUGUAGCUGUUUUACACAGGUAAUCUUAAAAUGGGUUGUGGAAAUACACACACAAAAAAGUCAACAUGAAUAUUGAUAUCAGUAAACUAGUUUGCCUUACUGUUUAUCUGGAAAUUAUUUUUUUAAGGGGUGGGGUAACAUUUAAACCACUUUGUCAGCAAGUUUGACUUGUAGGGCCAAAAAAGUGAAGCAACAUCUGUUAGUGGCUUGUAUAUAAAUCUACAAACAAAGCAGGACUUUAAAAUGAAAAUGUAUUGAUUUAGACCUGCUGUGUAUUUUGAACGCAAACAUGAGUGGAGGUGAUUUCAACUCUUCGGAGCAGCUAAAUGCUUAUCUGGGCUAAAAAAAAACAUGUCGAACAUGCGCUGUGUGUGUGUGUGUGUGUGUAUGUUGUUUUUUAUAUUUGGAUGUGGAGUCGGUCCCCAGAUGGUGUAAAUAGUGCUCCUUCUUUUAACUCUGCUCCGUUCACACUAACCCACGUGUUACUUUUUCUACAACUUCUGUUGGUUUUGCUGAUGUCAGACUCAUUGCCAAAAAAUAACAGUCUGACAGCAAGCUUCGGCCCACUUCAAAGAGCAUUUGUAAACUGUAGAGACGACAAAAAAAGUCUCAUUUUAGUCCAAACCACUUGAGAGCUACUGGGCCAAAAUAUGUUUUACAAUUUUCAACGGAAUAUUUUUAGAGUGUUUUUAUGACCUGUUGCAUGUUAUAAAAAAGAAGGACUUUUUUGGGAUAAAUACAGUAAUUCAGGACUUGUCUAUAGAUGACAACACACAUCUGUACACAAUGAUGCCUAAAGCUUCAGUAACUACAACGACACAACUCAGUGGGUUUCCUGGCUAUGUGUAUACAGGGUAUGAAGGGAAAAUAUGGUUCACACUGGUAGCAUCAUAUUUGUGACAGGGCUCUUGAAGAUUACUAUUACAGUUAAGCCUUAACUGGCUCCAUUUGUAUUAAAAGGGAAUGUGUAUGUGUUAGAAGGAAAUAAAAGAAAAUGUCAAAAGACUGGCAGCAGUUGUGUUAAUAAAAUAUAAAUUUUGUUUUUUAAAUUAGCCCAUGCCACCAGUUUGACCAAAAAAAUGGAUCUAGAGAACAGAUAACAAACAGGAAAUCAGGAAUUUUGGCCCCAAAUCCAGGGAUCAGAUUCUGACAAACUCCUCCUGGGGACUUUAAACUAAUGAGCCCAAAUUAAAAUCAAAGAUACUAGACAGAUGAAGAAUGACAAAUUACAAAGUAUUUUAGCCUACACCACAGCAUGUGGGCGGGGCGUGGUGUCAAACUUUGACAAACAGUCAGUCUGAGGAGUCACAAAAAAAAUGGAGACAUUACUAACUGAAGAUGAAGAUGGCAGCCUGAAGCAAUGCAUUGGUCACUUUAUGAAUUAGCUGUGCGCUCAAUGCUGCUUACCGCUUUAAAUUGUUUUAUAUUUGUUAAUACUGUUUAGGAAACUCAAUCCUUUGCACCAUUCCAAACAAAUGUCUCACAAACAUUUU